AUGUGCAGCUCCGCCACAUCCUCCUCGUCGUCGUCAUCGUCGUCGUCGUCGUCGUGGGCGCUCUUCCGCUUCUUGGCGCCCUCCUCAUUCUCGUUCUUGUUAUCGUUUUCCUCCUCCUCGUCGUCCUUGAGCGGGUCCGUGAAGAAGUUAAAGAAGGACGGACACUUCUCCUCGCGUUUCACCACACGAAUGUUCUUGCUGCUCUUGUGCCGCUGCUUCCUCGUCUUGAUGACGACGGUGAGGUUCUUCUCCGGCGACUUCCACUCCACCGGCGUGGCCUUCAUCGACUCAAUCUCAAUCUCCCCGCUGUCCUCGUCGAAGCACAUCAUGAACGUCUUGCUCAGCACCGCGUUGCUGAAGUACUCGUUCGGCGCGAAGGCGAAGUUGAGGCGCACACCCGUCUGCGGGUUACUGUCGACGUACUCCAUCGUGAUGUCCUGCAGGAAGCCGAGCGCGUGGCGGUCACGCUCGGUGAUCAUCGAGUCGAGCACCUCCGUGUUGCACAUCGCCGUCAACCAGAAAUCCGGGAUGCCGCCGUCCGCGGCAGCAGCAGCAGCCUCGAGACGGCCCUUCUCCUGCGGCGCCACCACGCACACGGCCUUGGACCCCUUUGCGCGACCGGCCGCCUCCUCAUUCUUGUCCUUGUCGUCGUCGUCGUCGGAGGCAAUCUCGCGGACGCCGGAGCUCUCGGUCACCGUCGCCGCCGCCAGCUCGUCACUCGUGAUGUCGCGCACACCGCGGACGAUCUCCGCGCGCACGUCGUGGAGGCGCUGGGCCGCGCGCAGGUGCUCGACCUGCAGCAGCGCGAGCUCCUCGCGGAACUUGGCCCGCACACCCUUGUAUUCAUCCAGGAGACCCUUCAGCGCGUACACCUUGCGGCGGCUGAGCACCGGCAUUUCGUUCAUGGCGCCCACGAGGUCGAAUUCCUCCUCGUCUUCCUCCUCCUCCUCCUCGUCGGCGUCGGCACCGCGGAAGUUCACGGGAUCGAAGUGCUUCGGCGGGAACUGCUUGCGCUGCAUAUGUCUGAAUUUCUUUUCCCUUACUUCUGUUUCUUUCCUGUUACUUCUGCUGCUUCAACUGCGUGUGCUGCAAUGUCUCUCUCCGUUCCGAAUGUCUUGCUGUUGUUGA